AUGGCACAUAUGACCAAUCCGCUGGCCACGGCUGACCAGCUCUACAAACGCAAUUCUUUUAGCUCUCUCCCAGCCGACCUGCAGGAUGUUAUCUUCUAUGCGACGCAGUGUCUAACCCAGGCCGCCGGCGUGCUGCUUGACCUGCCACAAUCAACAACAGCGCAAGCAAACGUUCUUCUGGCACGGUACUGGCUCGUGGAGUCGCCAAUGGCAGGGGAAUUCAGCGACGUAUCGGCCGCAGCCCUUUACCUAGUCUCCAAGAUGGGACCACUCCCGCGCACGACUCGCGAUAUCUCAAACGUCUACGCCUACCUUCUCUCGCCCGCGUCGCCCCUCUUCCGCGGCGAGCCCCCGGACCCUGACAAGCGUCGCCCGGACCCGACGACGUACUACCAGACGGACGGCGAGUACGCUGCUUUCCAGACGCGGAUGCUAGCGGCCGAGGCGCGUAUUCUGUGGGCCCUGGGAUUCGAUACAGCAGUGGCGCUGCCGCACGCGCUGGCCGUGACGUACCUUCAGGCGCUCGACUUCGUGGGGGGACCCAAGAGCGAGAUGGCGGCGCGGGUCAUCGCACACCUGAACACGGCGCUGCUGAGCCCGCAAAUGCUCUAUCUCACACAUCAGCCGCAUGCGCUGGCGACGGCGGCGGUGUACAUUGCGGCCCGAGAAGCCGGAGCGAAGAUGCCCGAGGUGGCGUGGUGGGAGGUGUUUGACGUCGAGAGGGAGGAGCUCGGGUUUCUUGUCGUGGGGAUGAGGAGCCUUGAGGGCUGGGUGAGAGGGGUUAAGGAGACAGGCUUGUUGGCCGGUGGGAUGAUUACGAGGGGUGUUAUCGAGAGAGAAGCAAGGAGACGAGCUGGGGAGGCCGACGAGGAAGACGAACUUAUGGCGUUGAUGGACCAGAAGACAGCAUAA